AUGGCAAUGGAUAAAGUUGAACCUGUUUCAAGUGGUUUUGGUGUUGGAUUGGUUGAUACGGAAAAUUUUGUAAAUACAAAACAAGUUGGCAAUCAGAGAAUGAUUUCGACAACCACCUCUCCUGUGGUUAUUAAAAAAGAAGGAACCAAACAAUUAGAUAACAUGAUUGAGGAUUUUCUAUUAACUAAAAGUUCAAGUUCGACUGCUCAUGACGAAAUUACUCCAAAUAGAAAUGCAAUUAUUGAAGAAGAGGAAAGUAGUGAUGAGGAUUAUAGUGACGAGGAUAACAGUGACCAUAGCGAUGAAGAAUCUAAUGAAGAAGAAGAAAGAUCUUCAGAAUCUGAAGAUCUUGAGGAAACAAAACCAAAUUUAGAUACUAGUACGUUGAGUCAAACAAAUAAUGAGAAUCAAGCAGGAACUGAUGUAGAUGAUCCUCUAGCUGUUAAAACAAUGAUUUCACCUCAAGAUUUACAAACCAUUUCAUAUGAGGUAAAUGAGAAAUUGAAUGAAUCUGUACAAAAAGAAUUCGAUCUCAGUAAGGAGGAACAAGUAUUGGAUUCAUUCUUGUGUGCCUACUAUGAAAGCAAAAUGCCUCAACAAGGUAAAAUGUACAUUACUCAAAAUUACAUUUGUUUUUCAUCCAAUAUUUUUGGGUAUAAGAUUUGUUUAGUUAUUUCUUUCAGUGAUGUUAAAAGCAUUGAAAAAAAGAUGACAGCAAUGAUAAUUCCUAACGCUAUUGAGAUUUUCCUUAAAGAUGGUUCUUCACACUUUUUUGGAUCGUUUGUAUUCAGAGAUAAUGUUUACAAGGUUUUACUUGCCCUUUAUUCAUUGCAUGCAAAGGCAAGAGGAAACAUUUUAAUAAGUCUUCGAUCAGCUAAUAAUGUCUUGCAAGCUGUUAAUACUCCUAACAUCAAACCACCAAAUCUCACUACCGAUUCUUCCUAUGUCACUGAAGAGGAUGACAAUGAAGAUGAGGAAGAAGAGUUAGAAACUGAAGAUGAAACUGAAGAAGAAGAUGAAAGCGAAGAAGAAGAGAAUACCUCCGAGAGUGAUGAGCCAAUUGUAAUCAAUAAGGUUACAAAUAUUCCAGUCGAAUCUAUGGCAAAAGGUGCUGCCGAUACCAACCAAUCCCAACCAAAAGCUAAUGGAGAGGCCUCAAAGAGCAAAGCUAAUAAUGGAGGUGAGGAAAAAGAAAAUGGAAAUCAAACUAAUGGAAAUAAUGAAGAAAAGAGAGCAAAUGAUAACUCAGAAAAUAAUAAUGGCAACAAUAAUGGAAACAACCCAAACAAUAAUCAAAACAAUGCUCCGAAUGGAAAUGGAGAAGAGCAAGAAGAAGAGGAAGAAGAAGAAGAAUGUCAGCUGCCAGAAGAGGAAGAGAAAAUAACUGGAAUUAAUGAUCUUCCUGGUGGUGAAUUCUUUGCUGAUCCAGACAAAUUCAAACCAAAAGAAAUUGCCGCAGAAGUACUUCCAGUCAGUAUUUUUGAUGCUUGGUUCUUGCUUAAAUCAGAUAAUACCAACUUCCAACUCGAACAUCACAAGUCCAGAGAAGAAACAAGUGUACAAUAUUCUUCAUAUGUUAAACUUGCUGGUUCUCCUGGCUUGAUGAGAAAGGUGGCCUUCAUAGCCAAAGUUAAUAACUCCCUUGGGCCAAAGAGUACUAGAAUUGAAUGCGUAGAAAGAGCUGUUCUCUGUAAAGGAAAGAAGAGAAUAAUCAACCAAACCUCAUCUAGUAGUUUAGAUGUUCCAUUCAGUGAUACAUUCAAAAUUCAAAACUAUUGGAUUUUCGAGGAUAUCGAUGGAAAGUCUUGCACUCUUAAAAUCUAUAGUGGAGUUCACUUUUUGAAAUCAUCCCUCCUUAGAUGGAAAAUUGAAGAUGCUGGUGAUAAGGAAUCAAAACAGGCCUUAACUGUUUGGUUAGCUCAAGCUAAGGAAGCUGUUGCUAAUGCCAAAUCAGCUGGUAAUUUGCAUUCCCUCAAAAAGGGAAAGCCUCGUAAAAAGAAGGCAACUACCAAAGAUACAAAGAAACGAUCAAAGAGAAAGACUUCAGAAGUUAAACCACAGGCUACUGCCGUCGCUUUUGCAACUGAAAAUCCUUUUGCAAGUACAUCUGCUCCAGCACCUGAGAUUGAAUUAGAUUUAAUGACUAAGACUCUCAAUUUUGUGUUUGGAAUACCAGGGUAUCUUUCUGCUAACAUCACUUUACCUGCCUGGCUGUUACUAACUGUUAUAAUAGCCUUAUUAUUCUUACUAUUUUCGCAGCAAUAUACAAUCAUACAGACAAUGAAACAAGUAGAAUAUAAUGUACAGACCUACAAACAACAGACAAUACUUUUCGAACAAGAACUUAAUCAUUUGGUAUUCAAUUUAGCUAAUGUUAAUGCAACAGCAUUGUCAGAAAACAGUCAGAACCUACAAAAUCAAAUAGCUAAUUGGUUGACUGCAAGGAAUGAGCUCUAUAAGAUGCAUAUAGACAAUGACUUGCUGCAUUCAUUACUGUAUGAGUUAUCUGAAAUUAAGAAAAUUAUGCACAAAAAAGAUGGGAAUGGUUGAAUAAACGACUAAGCAAUGAGUUUUAUCCA